AUGACUCGAAAUAGCCAAUCAUUGUCCGACUUCGCAAGCGCGCGCCAGAUACCCGUCGAGGUCGUUAAUACGAUCGCAUCGUGUGUUUCGGACGGAAUCGACCUCAAAUUCGUAAGGUCUGGCCCGAUCUUUGUCACGGUGCAUUGGUCUGCCGUGUGUGGCGUGCUCGUUCCAACGCCGGCCGUGGGACAUCGUACGCCUCAAGGACGAGCCCCAGGUAUACGCCUGUUCUCGGGCUCGGCGGUGCUAUACCUUGUCAGGGAUCUAUAUUACUUGCCCCUUGGCCAUCUGGAACGCUCAACUCGCCAGAAAGUAGAAGGAACCCUGCGCUAG